UCGAUUUUCUAUAUGGGAAAAAAAGGCUUGUGGACUCCAUAAUUCGAAUAUUUAUUAUAAAUUUGAGUUGUAUUUGAAGUUGUCAUUCUCUUUCUCUCUCCUCAGUCGAGAAAAUCCUUGUUCUGCGACUUGCGUCGAAGUUUGUGCUAUUUCAACAGGACUUGUGUGGCUAGAAAUUUCUCAUUCCUCUGAUAACUCUUUGUUUAGAUAACUUGGCAUGGGAGUUGUAACUGUUUCUAGCUCAGCUUCGAGGACUCCACUGGGAUUGAGUGCAGCACUUUCAUCUUACCGAUCUCCAUUAAAAAAACCAUUAAUUUUGGCAUUUAAAGUUAAUAAAACUGAGAACACAGGGGCUUUGGUCGCACCUGAUGAGCCAAUAUUGAUUCCUGUUGAGACACCUAAAGAGAACCAGAAAAGACUAAGAGUGGCUAGAAAUUCUUCAAGACGAGUGAAAGCUCUCUCUACCGAUGAGGUCUCACCGUGUAUUUUGGAAGUGGAUUACAAUGAAGCUGCUGCCAAACUUGAAAACAUAUAUAAACUUAGUCCCACUACUGAUACCUCUGACGUGGAAGAUACAAAACGUGCAAUAAGAAGAGGGAGGCGGCAGAGAGGGAAGAUUGGGGAAGGUGAGGACAAAGCAGAGAACAGAAUUAUUAAUAAUGUAGUAAGGAAUAGGCGUAAGAAGCCAAAACGAUUGAGUUUUAAUAAGAGGAUUGCAUUGAGGAAGUGCAGGGAUGAUGAAAUGGUCUCUUCAAUUCAGAAGAGGAAAGACUCUGAGAAUGAAGAAGAUAUAAUCAAUAAGCUUGUUAGGGAGUAUUCAGUUUCAUCCGACUUGGUCAGCUUGGACUGGAAGAAGAUGAAGAUACCACCAGUUCUGCCUUCUUCUGAACAUUCAUGGCUAUUCAAGUUGAUGCAGCCUAUGAAGGCACUGCUUCAAGUCAAGGUGAACUUGCAUCAAGAUUUGGAGCGAGAACCGACUGAUAGUGAAUUGGCAGAGGCAACAAAUAUGACUGUAGUUCAAGUAAGAAAGCACUUAGAGGUUGGUCGAGCUGCCAGAAGCAAGCUGAUUAAGCACAAUCUCCGCCUUGUUUUGUUUGUGAUAAACAAAUACUUUCAAGAGUUGGCAAAUGGCCCUAAAUUUCAAGACCUCUGUCAAGCAGGAGUGAAGGGUCUUAUAACAGCAAUUGACCGCUUUGAACCAAAAAGGAGGUUCCGGCUCUCUACCUAUGGUUUGUUUUGGAUUAGGCACGCCAUCAUACGAUCCAUGACACUCUCAAGCUUUACGCGAGUGCCCUUUGGCCUUGAGUCGGUUAGAGUAGAAAUACAACGAGCCAAGCUAGAGUUAGUGUUUGAGCUUCAAAGAUUACCAACAGAAGAAGAGAUCAUAGAGAAAGUUGGAAUCUCUCCUGAGAGGUAUCACGAAGUGAUGAGGGCAUCAAAACCUGUCUCCUCUCUCCAUGCUAGGAACAAAACAACACAAGAAGAGCUCAUUAAUGGGCUUACUGAUAUUGAUGGUGUUGGAGGUGAUAAGCGGCGACAACCUGCUCUUCUUAGGCUUGCGCUCGAUGAUGUGCUUGAUUCUCUGAAGCCCAAGGAAAGCCUGGUUAUCAGACAGAGAUAUGGCCUUGAUGGAAAGGGUGAUAGAACAUUGGGAGAGAUUGCAGGAAACUUGAAUAUUUCAAGAGAAAUGGUCCGGAAACAUGAAGUGAAAGCUUUGAUGAAGCUCAAGCAUCCAGCUCGAGUAGAUUAUCUUCGUCGUUAUGUUUUCUAAGAAAAAAAUAAAAAAUACUUUGUUUGCUUUUCUUAUCUAUAUAUAACCUCUCCUUCUCCAGAUCAUCACAGGUGAUGAGCCAUUGUUGUAUACUAAUGAUCAUAGCUUCUUAACUGCAUGCACAGAAAAAACAUACCAUGUACUAUAUAUAUAUACUGGGGACUCGAGGUUAUAAAUCACCAAGUAAAUAUGGCCCUUUUCUUCCCUUCCUUACAUGUUUUGUACAACUAUAGUGUAUACAGUAAAUCUUCAAUACUUCACUUUAUGAAAGUGGUGCAUGUAAUACGAGAUGCUUCUUUGUACAACUUAUGUUUAACAAAAAUGCAAACAAGUGCUUGUCUUUUGUUCC